GUGUGUGUGUGUGUGUGUGUGUGUGUCUUUACCAUGCUCGAGGAUAGUCUGGGUGGGAAACGAUUACGCACAGUCCUCUGCUGCUCUGUAUUAGACAAAAGCAUGCGUUUUGCUCUAUCUGUGCACUUGUUAAGCUGAAAUGUUGUUCCUCGUGCUGCUUAUCGCUUUGUGCUGUAAUCAAGCAGCUUCUGAUGAACAUGAGUAUGAAGCUGAUCUUUCCGAGGAUGUCGAGCUUGAGGAUUACCUGAUUUCAGAACUGGAUUUGGACACAGCACCGCGCAGAGUCCCUCGGCAGGUGAAAACAUUUUUAAGAAAGGAAACUAAGCCACACAUACAGGAGCUCUCUGUGUCGACCACCAUCAUCUCCCGCUAUGCUUUCACUGCUGUGUCCUGCACCAUGUUAAACAGACUCAGCGCAGCAUCUGAGGCAGUUUUCAUGUUUCAAGUCCCAGCAGCUGCCUACAUCUCCAACUUUACAAUGAUUGUGGGAGGGAGAGUCUUCCCCAGCCAGAUCAAGGCAAAGGAGAAGAAACUGAAAAAUGGCAGGAAGGAGAACAAUGGCACACCAAAGAACAAGGACUCAGCAGAGCACAGUGAGGGUGAGAUGGAGUUGUUUCGCAUGGCUGUGAAAAUCCCUGGGCGAAACCGUGCCAUCUUUCUUCUGACAUAUGAGGAGCUGCUGCAGAGACGGCUGGGUUAUUACCAGCAUGUGACAAGUGUUAGGCCCAUGCAGCUGGUCAGCAAGCUCAGUGUGGCCAUUACCAUCGUGGAGCACUCUCGCAUCAAGUACCUUGAGGUUCUCCCUUUGCGCAAAAGCAGAACAUCUGGCUCCAGGAACACCAGCAAGACAGACGGUAAUGUGGGUAUGCCCCCUUCAACAGUGAUUCGACAGAAUGAGACGUUCUGCAAGAUCACUUUUACGCCUAACAUCGUUCAGCAGGUCAGGAUCGCCAACAACGGCAUGCUGGGAGAUUUCAUAGUGCGCUAUGAUGUGGAGAGAGAGUUGGGAAUCGGUGACAUUCAGGUGCUGGAUGGACACUUUGUGCACUACUUCGCCCCCAAAGACUUGCCUGUUGUACCCAAGAACGUUGUAUUUGUGAUUGACACCAGUGCCUCCAUGCUGGGGACCAAAAUAAAACAGACUAAAGAAGCUCUGUUCACUAUCCUGGGUGACUUGCGUCCAAACGAUCACUUUAAUUUCGUCAGUUUCUCCAACCGUGUGCGAGUGUGGCAGCCGGGCAAGCUGGUGCCCGUUACACCGUACAGUGUGCGUGAUGCCAAGAAGUUCAUCUACAUGAUCUCACCGACUGGAGGCACAGACAUUAACAGUGCCCUCCAGGCUGGCUCAUUGUUGCUCAGAGACUACCUGUCACAAAAGGAGGAGCCAAAUCACAACAGCGUGUCCCUCAUAAUCUUCCUGACUGAUGGACGGCCCACAGUGGGUGUGGUCCAGUCACCAGUCAUUUUGGGAAAUGCAAAGGCAGCCGUGCAGGAGAAGUUCUGCAUCUUUACCAUCGGGAUGGGAAACGACGUUGACUAUAAGCUGCUGGAGCGCAUGGCGCUGGAGAACUGUGGCACCAUGAGGAGAAUUCCGGAGGAUGCUGAUGCUAGCACCAUGCUGAAAGGAUUCUACGCAGAAAUCGGCACCCCUCUCCUCUCGGACAUUCGUGUUGCAUAUACAGAUGAUGCCGUAGAGUAUGUCACACAGAACCACUUCCCCAAUUAUUUUAAUGGCUCUGAGAUCAUCGUGGCUGGAAAGCUGACCAAUCGUAGCUCAGAUUCCCUCCACGUGCAGGUGACGGCCAGCAACAGUGAUCGCAGCCUCGUAAUGGAGAAGGACAUCUCUCUGAGUGGGCAGGAACGUGAAACAAAGCGGCGUGUGGAGGAGGCUGAAGCUGGACCAAAUGCAGAUGGCUAUGUUGAGCGUCUCUGGGGCUUCCUGAGUGUGAAAGAUGGACUGAAUGGAAGAUUACGCAGCCACACGAGUUCAGAAAGAGAGAACUUCACUCAACGUGCCACUGAACUCUCGCUAUCUUACAACUUCCUCACGCCAUUAACACAAAUGAAGGUGGAGACACCACAAGUUCUCGCCGAUGGAACUAUAGCGGAGGCUGAGCCUACAGAAGCUCCAUCUGCACACUCAGAUUUGGCCAAUCAGUUAGCAGAGGAGGAGCCGAUGGGAGACACGCCCCAAAGCCUGCACAGGAAUAAGGAACAGCCAGCAACAGUGCCCAUAGCUGGCAAGGCCACAAAUGGACUUAAAAGACCUGGCAAAAAGUCUGUCACCCUAUCCAAAACAUCAGCGGAUGGAGAUCCUCACUUUGUGGUUGACUUCCCCCUCAGUAAACUUACUGUGUGUUUUAACAUUAAUGGAGAGCCUGGGGAUGUCCUUCGCUUAGUGACCGACCACAAAAACUCUGGUGUAACUGUAAACGGGAAGCUGAUUGGUGCUCCAGCACCCCCUGGCAGUCACAAACAGCAGCGCACAUAUUUUAGCUCCAUCAUUAUUGUUGUUGACAAGCCAAGGCGCUCGUACAUCGAGGUGACGCCACGUAAAGUCAUUGUGGAUGGCCUUGAUCGCCUCAUCCUUCCCUGCAGCUCUAGUGUCACUGUGGAUAACAAAGAUUUAGCAGUGGCUAUAGUUGCUAACGCCAAUGUUACAGUUACCAUUCAGGGAACAAUCCAAUUCAUCAUCUUGAUGCACAUUUAUAAAAAUCCUGCUCCUUACCAGCGAGACCACCUGGGCUUCUACAUAGCGGACAGCAAGGGACUGAGCAAGGACACACACGGACUGUUAGGUCAGUUUAUCUUUGAAGAAGUCACACUAACACAGCUUCCUGGAAACAUCACUGCAGCUACAGGAAAUGACACACAAGAAAUAAGCAUUACCCAGACUAAUCCUGAGGCUGGUCACAUGGCCCUGCAGGUGAAGGAGCGCACUGUGGACGUGGUAAAGAAGAGCAGACAUAUUUACUCUGGGACACACACCGUCCACUGCUGGUUUGCCAAGAAUAACGCUGCUAAACUGAUCGAUGGACAAUACAGGGAUUAUGUAGUGUCUCACAUGUUUGACACAGAAGACUGGCCUCACGGGACAAAUGCACACUGAGACACACACAAUCACAGAAUAGCACAACCGGGUAUCGAUACACAAAUCCACAGGAAAAAGCCAAACAACUCACAGGUCUUUACAAAUUCUAUAUACAGUAUAGAGUGUGCAUUAUGUUUUAAUAAUAUUGGGACUUUAUACUACUGCAUAACUAAACUCUUUAUAAAUGUUUUACAUUUUGUACUUUUUUAAAAUCUAAUGUGUUUCUAAUUGUAUCAAGAAUUUUAUUCUGAUAAUGGAAAUUUAAUUGUAACAUAGCAAAAGCUAAAAAAUAUAAAACCCCUGUAGCUUUUCAGAAGAACCAUAUUUGAAUAUAUGAUGGUGUUUAACUAUGAUGAUGUUUAUAUUAUGUUUACAAUAAAAAUUAGAUUAAUACAAAUUUGAUAGCUGUAAGGCAAUUUCAGGUCUGCCUGUUGCUUUCACAGCCUUCUCGAGCUUCCUAUUUCGGAAUUUUGAAAGGCCACUUUCCUCUACUACCAGAAUAGGGGUGUAACGCAGUGCUACUGUCUGUACCCUUAUCUACAUGUAUAUCUGUAUCCAUAUCUGUUUAGGUCUCAAAAUAUUUGUCUGUAUUCAGAUUCGAACCAGAAGUGGGCAUGAUCUCUAAAAAAAAGGAAAAAGUCAUUUUUCAUUCACAAAUUAUAAAAACAAAUAGAACUUGUGCAUUUCCUCAACAUCAGCUACUUUACUCUUGCAUUAUUAGGCAGCUUAUAAAAAAUAGCACUUGAUCCAGCACAUCCAUUUAUUUAUUUACUUAUUUAUGUAUUCAUUCAUUCAUUCAUUCAUUUAUUGCAACAGUUAGUUGUGAACACAAAUUAGUGAAGCCAUGAGAUACUAAAACGUGGUC